AUGUCCAUGGCGGAAAAAGUCGCUCUCCUAGUCCGCAGCUCAUGCAAGGAUCGUCUGUCGACGCGGCCACCGGCGCCGGAGCUGGCGACGGACAAUCGGCUGAUUGGAUUUUUCAUAUUCGCGGUCCCUGUUUACAAAGCAAAGCCGGUGGUGGUCGAAUUAAUCGCUUUCUGUCCGAUCAUUAUUCAGCGAUUUAACUAG